AUGGAUGCCUGGGGCAACAGGGACAUGGUAGCCCACUUCUCUAUGCUGUACAGGGCGAAGCUCCCAUCCUUGCUGAGGGAACUCACAGUGGCAGAGGACUCCUCACGUUCAUUCAUUCGCCUCAUGAAGAAGAAGAGAGAAGCCCGACAGAUGGAAAAGGCUCUGGCAGAGAAAAAAGAGGAAUUCAGGGAGAGGAUGGAAGUCACUGCCAGCCAGUGGAGGGACCUACAUGCCAAGAAGGCUCAGCUGAAAGCCCAUGUGAUGAGAUCUGAAAGGGUUAUACAGGAAAGCGAAGAGGUGCGAAUCCGAUCUCUGAAGAGAGCGAGCAAGGAGACAGAGGAGAGAUUGCAAAAUGACGGUGAGUUUUUGAGAGCUAAGAUAGAACUGGAAACCUUCAGAAAAGAGCACCAGAAACUUCACAAAAAAGUGCAGAAGUACUUAAUCUUCAAGAAAUACCUGGAGGAUGUGGUGAUGAUGUCACAGUUGGAGGACAUCCCAGGAGUCACUUCACAUUACAAGUUCCUGGUGAGGACACACAAGGACCUUCUACAGUCUCAACUGAGGCACAAGGACCUGACUGAGCAAGCCAAGGUGUUCCUGGAACAGUACAGGGCAGAGAAAGAAUCUGAGAUGCUUCAGUACAAAAGUGAGCUGGUGCAGCUCAAACUACGUUUUGACCAGGCUCAACGUGACAUCCGUCUCUGGGAGACUCACUGGGCUGACAUCCAGAGCAGGACUGCUGGGGAAACCGGGAAGCUGGGGACCAUCAAGCUAGCCAUCCACAACAUUUUCCAGUCUGCCGACAUGUGGCUGAAAGAAAAGUGGAAUGUGCCGUUGAAUGACAGCCACAGACAGCUGGACAUGGCACAGAACGGUUACUCUGGCACUCGAAGCGCAAGCGCGAAGACUGGGAGGUCAGCACCCCCAGGUUCAACAUUCUGCGUAGUAAAAAACAAAAAAAAAUUCAUCGAGGAUAGAUCAUCUUGGCAAGAGAUUAGUUCCUUCAGGCCAAACAGUGCUUCUUGA